GUUUUACCAAGAUGUGUCGCUUGUCUGUUUUCGCGGCUGUGCUGCUGCUGUCUGCCUGCUGCUGGGCUGACUCUGAGGCAGAGGACCUCUCUGUGUCUGAACUCUUGGAGCGAGCCAACCGUAACCUGGUCCGUUCUGAUAAUGAGCCCAUCCUGAUCGAGGGAGACAUCGCCAUCGACACUGAUGCAGAGAAAAACGCUGAUCCCUGCACCAGCAACGGCUGCAUGUGGGGCAAGUGGACCGAUGGGAACGUCUACAUCCCUUAUUACAUCACCAACCACUUCAGUGACCGUGAGAAGGCCAUCAUCAUCCGCGGCCUGGAGUCUUUUACAUCCUUCUCUUGCAUCCGCUUCAGGCCCAGCAGGACCACUGACACCGACUGGCUGAGCAUCGAGUCCCAAAACGGCUGCUGGUCCUACGUUGGCCGUCGCGGUGGUAAGCAGGUGGUGUCUCUGGCCAGGAGUGGCUGCCUGUACCACAACACCGUCCAGCAUGAACUGCUCCACGCUCUGGGCUUCAACCAUGAACAGACCCGCUCUGACAGGGACAGCUACAUCAGGGUUCUGCUGGAAAAUGUUCAGUCUGGAAUGGAGCACAACUUCAGGAAGAUUGCCACCCUCAACCAGGGUACUCCAUACGAUUACAACUCCGUCAUGCAGUACCACAGGUAUGCCUUCUCUAAGAACAACCAGCCCACCAUGGUCCCUAUCCCUGAUCCCAAUGUCUCCAUGGGAAAUGCCAAGGAGAUGAGCCGCUACGACAUCGAAAGGCUCAACAAGCUCUACAAGUGCUAAGGAAGUCUGCCCUCGUUAGACGGUAGAAAAGAAGGCUGAGUGUGCAGCAGACCUGAGUCCCUAUGUAAAACAUAACUAAACUGUUGUUAUGAAAAAUAUUUUUUCCCUUGUCUUAUUAUUGAAACUCAAUUGCAGAACUCCCAUUGUUUAAAAAAACACACAUUUCAGUCCUGAGUCCAGCAUUAAAUUUUAUUCUGUAACAAAGUUGUUUGGAAUUUUCUCAUAAUCUGAGAUCAAUAAUGUUUGUUAAUUUUUACACAAUGGAAGUUUGUUAUCUUCAGCUUCAAGGGUCAAAGAGUUACAAAUCUCUAAAAUAUUUCUCAGACUCUCUGUAAGUCAGCUCUUCUGCUUUGUACUCUUGGUUUUCACUGGAAUAAAACCUGUUUUUCAAGCAAGGAA